GAGGAGGAGGAUGCGGCUGCCAUGGUAACGAGGGCUGUGUAUGGAGGACAGCAGCCAGUCGCAGGCAGCCACAAAAAGAUCUAUCCUUUUUUUCCUCAUUCCACUUCCACUUUUCCGAUAUAGAAAACGAUCUCCGGAGCAGGCGUUUGGUCACGCUUCUGUCCCUCCUGACUGACGUUUCUAACGCUUCACCUCACAACACUCUCAUCAGACGCAGGAAACGCACACACUUCCAGAAUGGCAACCAUCACCUGCACGCGCUUCACAGAGGAAUACCAGCUGUUUGAGGAACUGGGAAAGGGAGCCUUUUCUGUGGUGCGGAGAUGUGUGAAAGUUCUCUCAGGGCAAGAGUAUGCUGCUAAGAUCAUCAACACCAAGAAGCUGUCUACUCGGGAUCACCAGAAGCUGGACAGGGAGGCUAGGAUCUGCAGACUGCUGAAGCACUCCAAUAUUGUGCGGCUGCAUGACAGCAUCUCAGAGGAAGGUCACCAUUACCUCAUCUUUGACUUAGUAACGGGUGGUGAGCUGUUUGAAGACAUUGUUGCCAGGGAAUAUUACAGCGAAGCAGAUGCCAGGUAGCAUUGCAUCCAGCAGAUUUUGGAGGCAGUACUUCAUUGCCAUCAGAUGGGCGUCGUGCACAGAGACUUAAAGCCAGAGAACCUGCUUCUGGCUUCGAAAUCCAAAGGUGCAGCUGUGAAGUUAGCAGACUUUGGCCUUGCCAUUGAGGUUGAAGGGGACCAACAGGCUUGGUUUGGGUUUGCUGGCACUCCUGGUUACCUGUCCCCUGAAGUCUUACGGAAAGACCCCUAUGGAAAAGCUGUAGACCUGUGGGCAUGUGGUGUGAUUCUCUACAUCCUGCUGGUGGGAUACCCACCCUUUUGGGAUGAAGACCAGCAUAGACUCUAUCAGCAAAUUAAAGCUGGUGCUUAUGAUUUUCCUUCACCUGAGUGGGACACAGUCACCCCUGAGGCGAAAGAUCUGAUUAAUAAGAUGCUGACCAUCAACCCAUCUAAACGCAUCACUGCUGCGGAGGCCCUCAAGCACCCAUGGAUCUCACAUCGCUCCACUGUUGCAUCUUGCAUGCACAGACAGGAGACUGUUGAAUGCUUGAAGAAGUUCAAUGCUAGAAGAAAGCUCAAGGGUGCUAUUCUCACUACUAUGCUGGUCACCAGAAACUUCUCAGGAGGAAAGAGUGGGGUCAGCAAGAAGACAGAUGGUGUGAAGAAAAGGAAGUCCAGUUCCAGCACCCAGCUGAUGGAAUCAUCAGAGAGUACCAACACCACAAUUGAGGAUGAGGAUACUAGAGCGAGGAAACAAGAAAUCAUCAAAGUAACUGAGCAACUCAUUGAGGCCAUCAGCAAUGGAGAUUUUGAGAGUUACACGAAGAUGUGUGAUCCCAGCGUUACAGCGUUUGAGCCUGAGGCCCUGGGAAACCUGGUAGAGGGCCUGGAUUUCCAUCGCUUCUACUUUGAAAACUUGUGGUCAAAGAACAGCAAGCCGGUUCACACCACUAUCCUGAACCCUCAUAUCCACCUGAUCGGUGAGGAGGCCGCCUGCAUUGCCUACAUUCGUAUCACGCAGUAUCUUGACACAAACGGAAUGCCAUGCACUGCUCAGUCAGAGGAGACACGGAUCUGGCAUCGUAAAGACGGCAAGUGGCAGAUAGUCCACUUCCAUCGCUCAGGCUCUCCUUCUGCCAUCACUAAAUAAGAGAGUCAGUUGAAAAUACCAGAGUUGCAGGAUCACUGGCUUGAGGAUGCACAAGCUUCCGGCUUCUCAUCUCAUUCCUUGAACUUCAUUGGCCCUCUGCUUUACGGUGUCAUCACAUUCACAUUAGCAUUUAUUCUCAUUGCUCAGAACACUUCUUUAUGGAUAAACUAUGAUGAAGCCACUUUGCUGUUGCAACCCUGCUGUGUGGAAUGUUUUUUUUUUUUUUUUUUUAGUAUCUUGGUUAUAUUUACAAAAUUACCCACCAUGUUUUAACCAUGAGUGCUACAUUUGCAGAUAUUUGACACAAAUUAGAUAUUCGGGAAAACUACUACAUUCCAAAAGAGAUCCUGUUUCCUGUGUUUUAUAAAAACCACAUGGAUACCUAGAUAUUUUUUUCAACAGUUAGAACAUAGUCUUUCAAGCUCUCUCUUGCGCCUGUUUGAAAUCUGAUUGAAAUGGAUCUCUGUGUUAUUGUAAUGUCUACCACUAAAAAGAAAUACUUGUUUAUAUAUUUGAAAAACUGUAGAACUGCUAGGAAAGAAUACAGUAAUGACGUUUCCUGUGAUGGUCACCGGACAGAUAUCAACACAAUUUGUCCUCCACUGCCCGAUUUCCAGACAAUCACCAUUGAACAUUUUCUACCGAGUUUAGUUAAGCACAUUGAACAAAAGUGAAUUUCAGUAUACGCUUAGCCCUUGAAAACAAAGAUACAUCGAUGGCUCAAAACACACGCACACACAGACACACACACACACAAUUGAAUAAACCCACAUGAUCCGCACUGCAAGAACAGAUGGAUCAAGGGGGCUGAGCAACCCACUCAACGAACAGUUGCUUAAAGUUAAAGCUGGUGCUGCUGGUGGCAGUGGAACAGUAAAUGCAUGCGAGAGCUUGAUAUUUCUUUCUGCCGUACAGGGUUUUCAGAUCCGGGUCUGGUGUGGUGUGCUCAGAGCACUUUGAUAAAGUUCUUCCAGUAGAGCUGGUGUAUUUGUUCUUCCUUUUGUAUUUAGGAUUCAGGGAUUUUUUCUUUUUAUUACAAAAGGAAGUCUCUUGAAACAGCUCUUAAGGGUGCGUUUGAUGUCCGGGCUUAACUUCUAUUCAGAUUCAAUGGAAGCGUGUUGCUGGAGAGAGAGCUUUCAAUAAUCAGUGUUGAUGUGUUUAUCUACUGAUGUCUUUUUAAAAUGCUCUAUUUGCUUGAUCAGUCUUUACUGUGACGGUCAACAAAUGCACAUUCUUAUUUAUUAACACGAACAAUCAAAGUUAUUCAAACGAGAAAGUGGACAUUGCUAACUCUAUAUAGUGAUGGUCAAAAAGAUUUGAACUUGUUGAUAUUGUAUUCAGACUAUUGCUGGUGAAUAUCUGUUAUCUGCAGAGCAACUGCAUCUCUGUCUUAUCUAAACAUUUGUAAGGUAUAUUAAAAUGUUUUUCGCAUCUUAUAUGCACGGAUUAAUAACGUGUGUUCGGAUUUACUAAACCAGUUACAUUUUUAUUAGUAAAACUGUAUGAGCAUAGUCAGAUUUGUCAUUUAUUGCUUCUUGAGUCUUAGUAUUUAUUUUGUAAAGCAAGAAUGUUAACGUGAUGGCUGUAUGCACGAUUUUUAUGUUGUUUCAUUCAUUUUAUCAAUCAUUUUGCCAUGGCUGUAUAAAAGCUGCUAUUCAUCCGGUUGGAUUGUGUGAUACACUGUCGUCAACAGAAAACAAACUGUAAUCUUUACUAUUCUUUUUCUGGUUAUAUCUAAACACUUUUAUUCUACUUGUGGCACAUUUGACAAAGAUCCAUUCUUAAUAUUGAAUUAUUAUUCAAUUGUCAUUGCAGAACCAAAGUUUUCCUCUUCAUUUUCACAUUAUUUAACUCCUUAGACAUUUAAAACUGAAAGAAAUAAAAUGCAUGGAAACCUUUUCUAUGUCUUCUAGUAACGUGGUUCAUUGUAAACGGCUACUGAAAGAGAGCUGCUUUCUGGCCUCUUUGAUGUUUUUGUCUUCUUUAUGGUUUAAGCACAGUUUAUGAAAGGCCUAACAGCAUCUUUUGAUAGUUUUUGACGUAUAUAUACUGUGUUUUGUUGAGGCAUGCUGUUUUUAUUGUUAAAAAGUGGGUGGGUAUGAUAUUGUUUUCUGAGUAAGAUGUACUUUUUGCAGUUUGGCUCUAAUGCAACCGGGCUUAUAAAUAAAAGUGCUUUACAAAGUGUU